CUCUGUUGCUUUCUUUCCUAGGUGUUCAUGUGUUUGGUCUUUGUUCUACUGCUCUUGUUACUGAUAUUAUACAGCUAUCAACAGGAUAUCAGGCACCAUAUUUCCUGACUGUUUGCAAGCCUAACUAUACAUCCUUAAAUGUAUCCUGCUCAGAGAAUUCGUAUGUUGUGGAAGAUAUUUGCUCAGGAACUGAUCUCAACGUUAUCAAUGCUGGAAGAAAGUCAUUCCCUUCUCAACAUGCCACCUUGGCAGCGUUUGCAGCAGUGUACAUUUCGAUGUACUUCAAUUCUACGUUAACAGACUCCUCAAAACUUCUGAAACCACUCUUGGUCUUUGCUUUUAUCAUCUGUGGAAUUAUAUGUGGUCUGACUCGUAUCACCCAAUAUAAGAGUCAUCCAGUUGAUGUUUACUGUGGCUUUCUCAUAGGAGGAGGAAUUGCUCUCUAUUUGGGCCUGUAUGCUGUGGGGAACUUCUUGCCAAGUGACGAGAACGUGUUUCACCCAAAUUUUCACAGAGAACCUCUAAGGUCUUUGACAGACCUCAGUCAAGAUGCCAACAGAAUCCUGCCAGGUAAAAAUGGUAGCAGCAGUGAUGGCAUUGUCUCUCAUCGUACAGAAAGUAUCCUGAAUAGAAACCACAGAGAUUCAGGGUCUCUGACCAAUCUCAAGAGAGCAAAUGCUGAUGUAGAAAUAAUAACACCACGAAGCCCAAUGGGAAAAGAAAAUAUGGUUACUUUCAGCAACACUUUGCCAAGAGUCAACACACCAUCCUUGGAAGAUCCAGCAAGACGAAAUGCAACAAUACACGCAUCAAUGGAUUCUGCCCGUUCCAAACAGCUGCUUUCCCAGUGGAAGAACAAGAAUGAAAGUCGAAAGUUGUCACUGCAAGUCAUAGAGACUGAAUCUGGCCAGUCACCGCCAAGGGCUAUUGAAAUGAGGUCGAGCUCAGAACCCUCCAGAGUGGGUGUAAAUGGUGAUCAUCAUGGCCCAGCUAGCCAAUACCUGAAAAUUCAACCUGGCAGUGUACCAGGUUGUAACAACUCAGGUCUUUCUGGCGGGCCAAGGGUCUCUAUUCAGUCACGUCCUGGCUCCUCUCAGCUAGUGCACAUUCCUGAAGAGACUCAAGAGAACGUGAACACAUCACCUAAAAGUAGUUCAGCUAGAGCUAAAUGGCUGAAAGCUGCUGAGAAGAGUGUUGCAUGUAGAAGCAAUAGCCAGCCAAGAAUCAUGCAAGUAAUAGCCAUGUCUAAGCAGCAAGGAGUGCUUCAGGGCAGUCCAAAGAGUUCAGAGGGAAGCACAGUAACCUGUACAGGAGCCAUCAGAUAUAAAACCUUGACAGACCAUGAGCCAAGUACAAUUGUCAGAGUUGAGGCCCAUCCAGAAAAUAACAGACCUGUAAUUCAGAUGCCAUCAGAAGGUGAAGGAAGUGGGUCAUGGAAAUGGAAAGGUCCUGAAAAAGUCACCCUUCGUCAGACAUAUGAGCUAAAUGAUCUUAACAGAGACUCUGAGAGCUGUGACUCCUUAAAAGACAGUUUUGGGUCAGGUGACAGGAAAAGGAGUAACAUAGAUAACAGUGAGCAUCACCAUCAUGGAAUCACUACAAUAAGAGUCACCCCGGUCGAGGGAAGUGAGAUUGGCUCAGAGACUCUGUCCAUUUCUUCUAGCCGGGACUCAACACUUCGAAGAAAAGGCAACAUCAUUUUAAUCCCUGAGAGAGGGAGCAGUCCAGAGAACACCAGAAACAUCUUCUAUAAAGGCACAUCCCCCACACGAGCAUACAAGGAAUGAGAGGAGA